AGUCAAGAUGGCCAUAUUGUAUUUUAUAAAUACAUUCAUAUUCUGCGGUGAGCCUGUUCGUUCAAACAUACCUAGGAUACAUUUUGACGUUAUAGAGGACGGGAGAUAUGUUGAUUAUCCUUGGGGCGAAUAGUCCUUCAAAGAGUUGGUUACAAGCAUUAGUCAGAAAUAUGCCGACUUCAAGCAAUAUUAUAGGAUUCACAGAAUGCCAAUUGCCAUGCAUGUUUGGCUGUAUGAAUCUUGUUCAAAAGUCCCAUCCAAUAUUGCAGUUAAGUCGGGGAAUUUAAUUCCAAGAAUCUUGAAUUGGCGGACUGCCGAAGAAAGACCAAAAUUCGAUGCUUUGAUGGAAGGCAUGUUUAGAGAUGACAUACACCCGAUUUGUACUUUUGAUGAUGUUGUUCCAACCACUGCUGAGUUGGAACAACUUAAUUUGCCUCCUGUUGUUUCACAAGGUAUCCCCAACCCAACAAAUGGAGAUGAAGUUGCCGAAGGCAACGAGAUGGUUGAUGAUGACUGCCACACCACCGCACAUUGCAAGGGGUAA